GAAGGCGGACCAAGUCGAUCAACAGAGCCCAUUAACACCGAAGGGAAGGGUUCGAAAUCGAUCCUCGAAGAACAAACACAGCUUCUGAUGAAUCUUCCAAAGCAGCCGCAGCCAGUUUGAUCUCGUUCUGGCCGUUCCAUAUUUCCGCAAUGGCAGGACACGAUUCAGGCGAUGGAGAAGUAUCUUCAGCACAAGCAGUUUUGCUCGGAGCCUUAGCCCCUGGGGUCAACGGUCCUACAUGGACUACGCUUAAGUCGGCGUUUCUGAUGCUGGGUCUGUGUCUUGUCCUGAUGCUUAGCCUUGCAUUCUCUGCCAGUGAUUCUUGGUUGAUUCUUCAUGUUACGUUCCUAGUGGUUAUAACUGCGACCCUUUUCUUGCUCCUUAACUGGUUUCUUUCCGAGACUGGCUUGGUUUCAGUAAAAAAUCAAAUGGAAGAACUACAGAUGUCGCCGAAGAGUCAAGAUAAAAGCGAAAAGAACGAAUGAUCAUUACGAACUUUAUUACUCAAUAAACCAAGACAUCAAAUGGGUAUGCCUUAGGAGACUCAAACAAACAGAUAAAGACAGCAAUCACGGUACGUCGUCGUGAUCGAUAGGUAUUAUAAAUCUUCCAUUAUUCGAAGAGGGGAGAAAAACCCGAACUUAUUUUCAGAAGAAACACUUGCAAUGGUAACUUCAUUCAUGCUUUGAUUCAUCCUCCUUGUGCUUUCCUUUCUUCUGCUUGAUGGAACAGAAGCAUGAACAGCAUGGUAACUGUAAAAAGAACUUCAUUGCUUGUUGUGUUUGAUGUGGAAGUUAGGAGAGCAAGACUUGAUUUAUAUAUGCAGAGACGUAUAGAGCCUUUUCUUUUGGUGUGUUUAUUCCUUAUAUCUUUGGGGAUGCUAUUCUCGUUUCUUACAGAUAAGAAGAUGCUUAGCCUUGCUGAGCCACUUUCCUGAAACUUGUGGAAUCUGAGAUUAUUUUGUUGA